GUGAUGGUGAAACCUGGGUACGGACAAGACGUAAUGACGAACAGAGAAACUGAAGAUCAAACAUUGGAUGUAGGACUUGGUUUUCCUCCCACAAUUACAAGGAUGCCUCUUCCAGGGUUGCCAAUCCCGUUCACAUCCUCAACCAUAGAAACCCCAAAAACAUUUGGAUAUAUUCCGAAACCUACGAACAGCGGUGGCGCUGUGGAGCUACCGGUAAAAGUCGAUCAUGGAUUGGUUGCGAAACACGUUGUCAGCGUUGGAUGUUUCACACGGGAGCAUUUGCACCAUCUGUUCAACGUCGCGCAUACGCUGAGAGUUGCCGUGAAACGCGAACGCGCAUUGGACCACAUGUUAAAAGGUAAGGUGUUGGCCACGAUGUUCAACGAAGCAAGCACUCGUACCAUCUGUUCAUUUCAAGCAGCUAUGCUUAGGUUAGGCGGGUCCGUAAUAUCGAGCGAUAAAAAAACAUCGUCUAGUAAAAAAGGAGAAACCCUUGCAGAUGCUGUGCGCGUGUUGUCUGGUUAUUCUGACGUGGUGGUUCUGCGACAUCCAACACCUGGUGUCGUGGCGUCUGCUUCAAGGUUCAGUCGUUGUCCGUUGAUUAGUGGGGGGGAUGGGGACGGUGAACAUCCGACACAAGCUUUGUUAGAUGUCUUUACUAUAAGGGAGGAACUUGGAACGGUUAAUGGGAUGACGGUUACGAUGGUGGGAGAUCUGAAACAUGGUAGAACUGUUCAUUCAUUGGCAAAGUUACUUACAUUAUAUCGAGUUAGUUUGCGAUAUGUUUCACCUGAGGAACUGUCCAUGCCACAACAAGUUGUAGAUUAUGUAGCAAGGUGUGGUAUCCCACAAUCUACAUUCAAAUCUAUUGAAGAUGCCAUUGCAGACACAGAUGUUUUGUAUAUGACAAGAAUGCAAAAGGAAAGAUAUUCAAAUCCAGAUGAUUUUAAUGAAGUGAUGACAAAUAACUUUGUGUUGACCCCUCAUAUAAUGACAAGAGCCAAACAACGAAUGGUUGUCUUACAUCCGCUGCCGAGAAAUAAUGAGAUUGUGGAGUCUGUUGAUAGUGAUCCAAGAGCAACUUAUUUUAGACAAGCAGAGAAUGGAAUGUAUCUGAGAAUGGCUUUGUUAUGCAUGGUUCUCGGAAAAUGUUGAUAUCAUCAAUACUAUUUGUACACAAUUGUGAAUAUGCUGUAAUAAAACUGCCUCAAUAACCAAA